AUGAAAUGUAUCCUAGAAUUACCUGUUAAUGCAACAGUGAAAGAUAUAAAACUUCAGUUUAAAAAGUUACUGAAGAAGUAUCAUCCUGAUAUGAACCCUAAUUUGGAGGAAGAUGCCAAACAAAAGAAUCAAGAAAAGUUUAUGGAAAUAGUAGAAGCAUAUGAUACAUUAAAAGACAUCAAGAAAAAGAAGGCUUAUGAUCGUACCUUACGAGGUGGUGCAAAUAGUAGGUCACCAAUGUCAGAUUGGGAUAAGAAAUAUUAUGGUGAAGCCAAAUACUAUUCUAAAUCUCUGGGGUAUCUGCUGCCAUCAGGAAUGAAUAGCCGAAGACACAGGGUGCAUAAUUUCAAUGACAAAUACAGUCAAAAUAAACUGCAUUUCAGUGGAGAGUAUGUCAAUCAUGGUGACAGAUUUGGGGUACCUCAUUUCGACUAUAACGAACAUUUGUUGAAGCAUUUGAAAAAUGAACAACGUCAGCUAUUCAAAUACUUACUGGAGGAAGAUAGAAAUUAUUUAUUGGGUCAAUUAAAAUCCCAAGUAGGUAAUGGUGCAAGUCGGGAAUCAACCAUUGCAUUUGAAGAAUUAUUGACUAAACAUCUUCAAAGAAAUAUUCACCACUAUAAACAAAAGAAACAACUAGGUGCGAGUGCGAGUCACGUAGGUCAUAGUUCUGACUCGUCCUAUGUAUAUCGAAGACCCAGUUAUUCUUCCGAGGGGAAUGAUACUACAUCAGCCAGACCUUUGUUAUAUUUUGGAACUGGUUUGGCUGCUGCGUAUAUGAUUUAUUCGACCCUACUAAGCCAUUAA